GAAUUGAUAAACAUUUGUGUGAAAUGUUUUGAAUGGGAUUCAAAUGAAAUGAUUAUAAAUACUAACUAUUAAUACAAAGCAUUACGUGAUUAUCACCGCAAGUGAUGUAUCGCUUGACGACUAACCGAUUCAUUCAUUUCUAUGCAAACACUUUGCAGUCAUUUGUACUGAAGGGUAGACCCGUGUGUUUAGCCGUCAAUGCCUACCAUAACAGCCAAUACACCACUCCUUCACAAUCACUGUCUGCCGAUAUCUUGAGGAAUGCCGACCGCACUGUCACCAAGAGUUUGGCCGACUUACGGGAUAAACGACUGCAACAAAUGAAGCGAAGCAUACCAUCCGGUGAUCAGGACGUCCUCAGCGAAGCCAUCAUCAAGAGUGCCACCGUUGACCAGCUCUUGGAGUUGGUCUCAAUGCACGUCAAUGUCAUGAACAACAGACACCUGUCCGAUGUGUUUGAGUCGCUCCACGACAUCAUCAGAAUGUCCGACAAUUACAACGACCACUGUCUCAAGAUAUUGUCGUCCAAAGAGUUCAGCCAAUUGUGCAAUCAGUCCAUCAAAAGGAUGCGAUUCUUCCAGACCUCGGAUCUGUUGACAACUCUUAAGUGUUUGGUUUUGUUAAGACUGUCGCCAAACACAGCGAUCGUCAAGAGUUUGCUUCAAAUGAUUCGUCAACUCAUUAACGACUUCUCCUUAAAUGAAAUCAUUUUCUUAGACUUUCUUCUCAACCGAAGACUCAUCCAAAGCGAUGAUGCGGUCAAUGAGUCCGAAGUCGUCGACAAUUUCGACAGCGUAGCCAUCGAUGACCAUAAGUCUCACAGAAAGCAGACAAUUGUCCCGUUGAUGGAGGCCUUAAAAUUGGCGAUUCCUCUGGUAUUGCAGCUCAAGAUUGAGUCCAAAGAACUGGACUUCGAUGACAUUGAUUUAGUGGUGAAAUGUCUGCGAACUGUCGCCAAACACAACCUGAAGGAUGAAGUGGUGAACCGACUGACGACUGCCAUCUCUCACAACAUACCCGAGCUGUCAAUCAGCCAAAUGUUUUCAGUGAUCGCGUCGUUGAUUUGGGUCUCGUCUCCCAAUUCUAACAUGAGGUCAGGUCUCGUGGACCGAGUGGUGAACCAAUGUUUGGAUAGAGUGACGGCACCGGGUAUUGUCAUUCCCAACAACACGUCCUACAACUUCAUAGUAUCUCUAAUAACACACAAAACUAGACGAGAUUUCUACCACAACGGCUUGUAUGAGAUGGUGGCCAACCUUAUCAUCCAGAACCCGACCAAAAUGCACAUUUCAAAGGCAACUGGUGUGUUGUGGGCGCUCACCAAACACUCGCACGUCCACUACGGGCUCCUAGACUUCAUGUCCGAUAAGAUCGCCGCUCGAGAUCCCGAGCUCAUCGUAACCGCGAAGACUUCUUUUACAAACAUUUUGAGUGCAUUCUCUUUGCCGUCAAAUUAUAAGCCAAACGAUCCCAACAGUGAAUUGGUCUAUAAAACCAUUUUAGAGUCAAAUCACGUGAAACUUUGCAAAGAAAAGACUCAGUUUUUGUUGUUCAAAAUGUUGAGACAUUUCUUUGUACUUAAAUAUUAUCCAAAACAAGAGAUAUUCGAGUGGUUUGACAAGUAUUUCAAUGAAGCCCUCACUUCGUCGACGGUUAUUGGCGUGAGAAUUGAAUUUCUCGACACGAUUCGCGUUUUGUAUCAGGGAUUAUGUCUCGAGUCGGAUAUUACUGAUUGCGAGGACUUUAAACUAAAGUUAAAACCUUUUGUCGAAGAGUUGGUUGAAUUUGAGACCAAAGAAUUUGAAGACUCGUGUAAAUCGGAAACAUUAGAGUUUGCGUUAUCGCAGGGUUUGGGUGGGAAGCAGUACUUUGCCAGCAAUUUGUUUACCGAUUUCGGGCAUCUCGUCGAUCACGUAAUAGUCAUGAGGAAAGGCGGAUAUCCCGUACCCAUCAUUAAUAAGGACGAGAAGUUGACUUAUAUUAGUCAACUGGACAUCCCUUCCGACGCCAAAAUUUUGGGAAUAAUUCCGUUGACUUAUAAGGACUUCUGUCGCGAACCUAAUAUCAAAAAAGGCGAAACAGAUUUCAGAUUAAGAACUCUUAAGAGUUGCGGAAUAAUUCCAAUCACAAUACAUGUGGACGGAUGGGAAGCAUUAUCGGAAAUGGAGAAAAUUCCUCGAUUGCAGACUCAAUACAUCCAACCAUUCAUCCGAUUGUCUCAUCGCUACCACUCCUCUAAUCUCAGUCAACCAUCACUUAGAGUGUGUUUAGUGAUAGUGUCACCACAAAUGCCAUCCAAAGCCGAAGACAUCCUCAGCGGGUUCCGAGUAAAUUGGAUGAAUUUGAGGGAUGCCGACAAUGGCAGGAUCAUCUGGGAGGAGAGCACCGACCUAUCCAAACCAGACCAAGAACACGAAGCUCGAGUGCCAAAGUCUAUACUCAAAUGCAGAGCCGUUUCCCGUGAAAUCAACUUCUCUUCAGUGGAAGCGAUGGAAAAGUUUCGAUUAGAACAGAGGGUUCUCUUCAAAGGCAAAUGUCUCGAAGAGUGGUUCUUUGAGUUCGGAUACGUGAUCCCCAACUCGACCAACACAUGGCAGUCGCUUAUAGAGGCGGCUCCAGAGAGUCAGAUGAUGCCCGCGAAUGUACUCAACGGUAACGUUAUAAUUGAGACCAAAUUCUUUGACGACGACCUCUUAGUGAGCACUUCAAAGGUUCGCCUCUUUUACAUCUGAGAGUCAUUUGGAUUAAGUGUUGAAAACAUUUGUGAAUAUCUGUCAUCCAUUACAUCCCUUUCCUAUUCUUACGGCAUAUCGUGGUUACUGUUCACUCGACGUGUGUUUCAAUAAUCCAUUAUUUUGUUAAAUAUAAUUGUUUUGAUGUUAAUUUGAGUCAUUAUAGCAAAGAUUUUCUAUAAAUUUACUCAAAUGUUGAUUAUAUGAUAUCCUCUAUAACAC